AAAGGUGGAGUUUAAUAGCAGGUUAUAAUUCAAUUAUUCCUGAACAAAAACAGUGAAAUGAAUAUUUUUAACGAUUUUAAAUGAAUUUUCAUUAGAUGUUCAAAAACAGACCAAUAAGACCUCGAAAACAAUUCUUUACACCAAAUAUUUGAUGAAACUUACAUUCACAAUGGCUGUGUAUCUUAUUAUUACAGAAGUAAUAAGAUAAUUCUAAUAAAUAAAAAUGUUAGAACCGUAUUCUCCUAGUUUAAUAUGGCUGAUAGUAUUAGGAUUUAUAAUAGCUUUUAUUUUGGCAUUUGGAAUUGGUGCCAACGACGUUGCCAAUUCAUUUGGUACCAGUGUGGGCUCCAAGGUGCUGACCAUUGUUCAAGCAUGUUGUUUGGCCACUUUUUUCGAAGUUGCUGGAGCUAUGCUAAUUGGUUACAAAGUUUCAGACACAAUGAGAAAAGGUAUAUUAGAUGUAAAUUUAUACAAGAAUGAUGAGAUUGAACUUAUGCUUGGUUGCUUAAGCGCACUUGGCUCUAGUGCGGUUUGGUUGAUAGCAGCUACAUUUUUGAAGCUGCCCAUUUCCGGCACCCAUAGUAUAGUUGGAGCCACUGUAGGAUAUAGUCUGGUAGCAAGGGGAACAAAUGGUGUGCAUUGGUGGACGUUAGGAAAAAUUGUUGGAUCUUGGUUCAUAUCACCUGUACUGAGCGGUCUUACUUCCAUCCUGUUCUUGUGGAUAAUAAAAAAAUGCAUCCUAAGCAGGCCAAAUCCCUUGGAAUCGGGACUUUUCGCCCUUCCUCUGUUUUAUAGUUUUACCAUUUUUGUAAAUGUUUUCUCAAUUAUACACGAUGGACCCAAGUUACUCUAUAUGGACGAUAUUCCUUUAUGGAUGGCUAUGACAAUUAGUGUAUCCAUAGCAAUUAUUGCCAUGUUUCUCAUAUGGUUGUUCGUAGUGCCUCUUCAGCGAAAAAGAAUGGAAGCUGAAGCUCAAAACCAGAAACACGGAGUCAAUUUCAACAUUGGAGAGUCUUCUGAUACCUCUCCAGAGGGUAGUCCUAAAAAAAGGCACUCAGCGAAUUUAGAGCGUCAAUUAACUGUGAUCUCAGAAAAUACAGAAUUAAGUUCAGUGGAUAACAAACUAACAGCAGCAAAAUACAUUUUUCCAAUACAAACAGCAGAUAGCAAAAACGGCUAUACUCCUGCCAAAGAUUCAACAGUUCAAAAAGAAAAGCCUGAGAGACCUAAAGAGCUCAAUUUAGUUGAAAGCAAGAUAGAUGUUAAUCCAGUUUUGUCGCCGAGUUCCAGUGGCGUCCCACUGAUAAUAAGCAAGAGUGCUGUUGCGCUUCAACCUGACAGAUCUUGUACGUUGGAGGUACAAGAUGAAGAGGAAACAUUAGAAAAUAAGGGCGUUUCAAGGUUAUUCAGUUUCUUGCAGAUUUUGACUGCAAUGUUUGGAAGUUUUGCUCAUGGUGGAAACGAUGUGAGUAAUGCAAUCGGACCUCUUGUUACACUCUGGCUCAUUUACACUGAAGGUAGUGUUCAACAGAAGUCGGAAACCCCAUUUUAUAUUCUUCUUUAUGGUGGAUUUGGCAUUUCAGUAGGGCUUUGGUUAUGGGGUAGGAGAGUUAUUCAGACAAUAGGAGAAGAUUUAACCACUAUCACUCCAUCCACAGGAUUUACAAUAGAAAUAGGCGCAGCUUUUACAGUAUUAUUGGCAAGUAAAGUCGGAAUACCCAUAUCAACCACACAUUGUAAAGUCGGCUCAGUUGUGUUUGUUGGUUAUUUUAGUAGUUCAAAAAAAGGAGUAGACUGGAGUUUGUUCAGGAACAUUAUUUCUGCCUGGGUGGUAACAGUUCCAAUAGCUGCAGUCUUGUCAGCUGCGAUGAUGUUUUCAUUGCGGUGGGCUCUUUUGUUAUGAAUUUGAAACUAUAGCUGUACUCUUCAUAAGUCAAUGUUAAAUUACUAAGGACAUGAGCAAUCAUCACUUAGUUUUAUUCUGUAUUUUACUUAUACAAUAUUAGCUUUUAGAAACUAGGUAUAGUGAAUGAUUUUCAAAAAUUUUUUUGAAAAACAAUUUCCCAAGUGUCUAGUUGUUGAAGAAUAUUUCAAAUUGAUGUGUUAGAUUCAAGGUUUCUGUUGAUUUUCUAAAUGUUUCUAAUUACCGGGUUAAUUUUAUGUAUAGAAUCAAGAAAAGGUUGCACUCAACUCAAAUUGCAAUCAUUAUAAUAUCAAAAUACGUAGCACAUUCUAUAUGUUCAAUUCCAUUAACAUAAAUGAAACGAAAAUAGAUAAAUGUUAGAUGAGAAAUGUCGACUUUAGAGGCAGAAAUUCUGCCGCAGAAUUGUUUUAGUAAAAUAUAGAAUCGGCGGAAAUACAGAGAAUCAAUUUCUCAAUCUUUUCCGAGUUCUGUACUGAAGGAUUUUUUUUACAAUUCAUUCAACACUUAUAAUGCUGAAGCUGAAUCCUUUCAGGGUCGAUAAAGUCAUGAUCCUAUUGCUUCUUCACCUACUUUCGCUUACAGCUGCGGUUAACGUCCUCAAAAAUGGAUAGAGAUGAGGAAUAGCGAUAAAUGUUACAUCCACUCAAUUUCUGGUUGGUUGGCACUAUAAACGAUUGAUGUCUCUUCUUUCCUGUUGUUUGUAGGCGAAAUGUCAGGUCAAAAAACGAUUAGAUCACGACUAAGAAGCCCGAAACUCAUUCAAUUGAGGUUUGAGUACGCAUUAUGGUAAUUUAGAAAAGUUGGCUAUUGUCUGGAAUUAAAUCAUAAUAGCAUAAUAUUUCAAUGGCUAACAGACAAUUGUUCAAUUCCGAAUGAAGUACCUCCCCGAGCGAUGGCUCGAAUGGUAGAGCAUCGGACUAGUGAUUCGCAGGUUGCGGGUUCGAGUCCCGCUCAGGGACUCGAUUUUUUUCCAGAAUUAAACAAUUGUAUGUUAGCCAUUAAAAUGAAUUGCUUCUAUGGUUGUAUUCUGCAAGAGUAUAUAUAUUCACCAAUAUUUUUUUAAUACAGAAUAUACGUAACUUCAAUUCGAUUCCUAUACAUUUUUCGAUGAUUGCUUUUUCACUCUGGUACCUGAGUUGAGCCAUAAUGUUGAUAUGUCGGCUUAGCAAGAUCUCUAUAUUGAGAUAUUAGGCAAGUU